AUGUUAGCAUAUGUGUGGCAAAAGGCGCAGAAAGUCAUCUGCAAGGGAAAGAAGAAGAAGAGGAGACAGCGCAGGAAGGAAUUCUAUGCCAUCUACAUCUACAAGGUGUUGAAGCAGGUCCACCCGGACACCGGAGUCUCGUCGAAGGCCAUGAGCAUCAUGCACAGCUUCGUCAAUGACAUCUUCGAACGUAUUGCUGCUCAAUACAACAAACGCUCGACGAUCACGUCCCGCGAAAUCCAAACUGCGGUCCGUCUGCUGCUGCCGGGUGAGUUGGCCAAGCACGCUGUCUCUGAAGGAACCAAGGCCGUCACCAAGUACAUCAGCUCAAAGUACAUUCGGGCGUACGUCACCAGUCCGAUUCCAGCGAUUAUGGCUGAAGCAGGCACUUUGCCAUUCGACACACUGCAAGCCAUAAUUCGUGCUGCAAUUCGUUUGAUGGAGAAGGAUUCCAGGAAUAUCGAUCUUCCAGUUGUGGAACGAGCGUCCGAUUGCCUGGCGACGAUUGAUGUAGAGCUUCCAAACAUCGCUGUACGAACACGUCUCGCCAACCAAGAGUGGUAUGAACCCAAGCCGCAUAUUGUUUGGGAUGUGAAACGGAAGGUGAAAGCUGGGGAUCCCCAGAAUACAGUGCGUCCCAUCGUGCAGGAGUUGCUGGCUAACCGGUUUAACCGUGCUUUGGCUAUUUAUACGGAUGGUUCUAAAUGCGAGAACAUAGUUGGAGCCGGUGUAUUUAGUAGCAGCAUUCAGCAAGCAAUAGGUCUUCCGUCACAAUGUAGCGUGUUUUCGGCGGAGGCCUUUGCAAUCAAGUCGGCCGUCAUCGCUGCAAGAGCAUCAACCGAAUGUGUUAUAAUUCUGUCUGAUUCGGCCAGCUGUCUUUCGGCAUUAGAGAGUGGAAGAUCGCAGCAUCCGUGGAUCGAGGAAAUCGAGCGCUUACUACGUGGACGGCCGAUCAACCUUUGUUGGAUCCCUGGUCAUGCCGGAAUCCGCGGUAACGAAGAAGCAGACCGUCUAGCCAGUGAAGCACGAAACAGUCCACCAAUCAACAUCGCCGUACCAAGGAUUGAUUCGAUAAAGAACAUGAACCAAGUCUUUCGUCAGCUAUGGGAAGCACGUUGGGCACAAUUGACAGAUGUGAAACUGAAGGAGGUCAAAAGGGAAACGAAGAAGUGGAUCGAUCAGUACAGCUCUGCCGAUCAACGCAUACUCACUCGUUUGCGCAUUGGUCAUACUAGGGUUACGCAUGAAUUUUUGCUGAAGAAAACAGCUCCACCAGCAUGUGAAUGCUGUGGGACCGUUGUUGACGUUCGUCACAUUAUUCUGCACUGCAGAAAAUUUGAAGCGGCCAGGACGAAAUACGGAAUCGAUUCCACAAGCCUUUUUACGGCGUUACGCAACGACGAUGAUUAUGAGAAGCGGUUACUGAAGUUUCUGCAUGUAACCAAACUUUAUCGGAAGCUUUGA